AUGGGGAGGAUCAAGCCUCAAGCUCUGCUACAGCAAAGCAAGAGGAAGAAGGGGCCUUCACACAUAAGUGCCAGCACUGCUAUAUUCUAUAUAUUGAUUUUUGUCGUACUUGUGUAUUUCCUGUUUGCUACAUACAGACAUUGGUCCAAAAGGACAACACUUCAACCCGAAAGGUACAUAUCAGUCUAUGAGGAUGAAAAUACAAUUGUGGAAUCCAAAAAAUCUGAUCUACCUGAAUAUGCUGUUGUAAUUACCUCCAAAGGUUCUAUUAUAGUAGAACUUUAUAAGGAAAGUGCUCCUGAGGUUGUUGAUGAAUUCAUAGAUUUAUGUCAAAAAGGGCACUUCAAGGGGAUGCUUUUUCACCAAGUAAUUAAGCACUAUGUCAUUCAGGCAGGUCAUAACAGAGGACCUGGAGCUACUGAAGAUUGGAACUUGUUAGGAAAGAAAUAUGCAAGUAUGAGACAUGAAGCAUUCAUGCUUGGAACUUCGAAGGGAAAAUACUUUAACAAAGGAUUUGAUCUUUUCAUCACGACUGCACCAAUACCAGAUCUAAAUGAAAAGCUUAUUGUCUUUGGCCGAGUCAUCAAGGGAGAGGAUGUUGUUCAGGAAAUUGAAGAAGUGGAUACAGAUGAACAUUACCAACCAAAAAUUUCUAUUGGGAUACUUGAUGUGGUUCUUAGACAGAUGGUGUGA